AUGAUUAUCGAUUUCGUCGUCGCCGCGAUUCUCAAUUUGACACUUCGAUGCGUGAAUGCCGAUGAAUUGAUCGAUGACGACCAAAUUUGGAUAUCAUCGACGACGACGACGAGGAUGACGACGACGAGAGCCGACGUCAAAGAUGAAUCGAAUUCGAUAUGGUGUCCGACGCAUCGAAUCGGAAAUCAGUGCCCAGAGGAAACCCUUUUGACAUUCUACAAGUGCUGCGGACAUCUCAACAAGGAAUGCUGUUUUCAUCUCAAAGUCUGGAUCGUCAUCGGCAUCAUCGUGCUUCCGCUGUGCCUCAUCAUUCCGAUCGCGACAUUCCUCCUCCAGAAAUUGCUAUGCGCCACCAAAUCGUCGUCGUUGGCUCAUCGCGGCGAGACCACAUCGAUGGAUCGUUUGCGCCAAUUGGCGUCCGAAGACUCAUUGGCGCGACGCGACAGCGACGAAAUGGUCAUGUUAUAG